UCCUUCCUAGUGCUAGCUUCACUUAUCUAGCUUGUUGGACAGAAGCAUGGAGUGACUAUGAGGUGGAAAAUGGAUGUGAUUUUACUUGUGCUGCUGCUGAGCUGCUUGUCUUAUAGGAUAACAGAGAGCUUUCAGAUCUUCGAUGAGCAGAAGAGCGUAUGUAUUGUUGGGGCUAAAGUUGUGAGUGUGGGAAGAUGCAAUGUAACAAUCCGCAGCCAGCAAUGGAAAUGGACAGAAGAUGGGAAACUACUACACGUGAAAACUUCCAAGUGUCUGAGUGUUUCUUCAUCUUCACCGUCACAUUCUCGUCCAGCUAUCCUUAUAGACUGCGCAAAGGCACCUGUGUGGAUAUGUCAUGAAAAUGAAGGCCUUCUUGAGGUUGCAAACACCUCUUUAUUCCUUAGAAAACAAGGGACAAAGGUUGUAGUUAAAAUGAAACACCCUAACACCUGGAAAAGGCUUGAAAUGGAUGAAAAGGGGAACCUGGCAAAUAAAAAUAUAUGUCUAGAAAAAGAUGUGAAGCAUACUACAGUGAGUCCUACAACUGCAAGUACUCUACUCUCCACCACUGAACCACCAGUUCCAGUUACCACUAUCACUGAGAUAAACUACACUAAUGUUACACAUAUAACUCUGGACACCAGCACUCCGAGCCAGCAGCAGAAUGAAAGUCUCAUAUCUACAGAAAAUUACUUGUCUACUGUCACUGCACAAGAAUGGAAUGCAACAACAUCACAACCUUAUAUUAAUGCAAUUAUAGAGGAUGUGGAGCCAGUGAAAUGCACCAUCAACAUUACUGAGAGCAAAGCUUUCUCACAAUCUCUAUAUGUAAAGUGGAGUAGUCCUGGAAUUGCUUGCAAUUUUAGCUUGACUUGCAGCUCAAGCAACUUUUGGCAAACCACAUGCAAUCCUGUCCAAAUAAACAAUGAUACUUAUGAGUGCACACAGACUGGACUUGAGGCAGGAACAGUUUAUGACAUAACAAUUGAAGCCCGACAAGAUGGAGAGACAACGAAUCUUACAUUACAAACAGACCCUCUUCCACCCUCGCGGUUUGAAGUAAGAAGAAACACAAUAAGUUCUACAAGUUUCCAGGUCUCCUGGAAACCAUCUUUAGGAUGGGUAGAUCAAUAUGAGCUUCAUUUACUUAAUGAUAAAAGGGAAAAUGUCCAAAAGAAUGAUGUCCUCGGCAGUAGUCCAGUAAAAGAAGCAACGUUUACGAACCUGAAUCCAGGCACAAAAUAUAUUGUUUCAUUAAGAGCUACUUCUGGGAUCAAAAGCACCUCUACAAUCUUCAUCAAUGCCUCUACAGUCCCUAUGCCUGUGAAGAUUGUUGAUGUUAUGAGUAAAUCAGACAGCAUCCAAGUUACCUGGAAGCCUGGUUCUGGAAUCUCAGAGAACUAUAAGUUGAUCUUAUGGGGUCAGGAGAGGACAAUGAAAGAAGUCAAUGUGGAUGCACAAGUUACUGGGCACACUUUUUAUGGUCUUCUUCCAGGACAUACCUAUAAUAUCACAGUGAUCACUGAAGCUGCAGGAUUACAGAGCAGGAACUCUAAAUUAGUAAGAACAGCUCCUGCUAAGGUCUCUGAUCUGACUGUGCGGAAUGAUGGAAGUUCUAACACAUUGAAAGUUAGCUGGAAAGCACCUGAAGGCAAGCUGGAUAUUUACAAUGUCACUUUGACUGACCAAGGUUCGAUAAAGUACAGCAGAACCCUGAGUGCUGCUUCUACAGAGGUCCUCUUUAAUGAGUUAAAACCAGGACGUCUUUAUCAGGUUAACGUCACAAGUAUUGCUGGGGACUUAAGCGCUGACAAGAUGGCAACUGGGAGGACUGUCCCGGAGAGAGUUUCAGAUUUAAAAGCGACCAGCAAUGGUAUACAAUCUCUGCGUGUAAGCUGGCUGCCACCUGCUGGAGACUGGGAAAAAUUAUAUGUGGUGCUCUUCAGCCAGACUGUGGUUCUGCUCAAUACAACACUGGAAAGGCACUUUAAGGAGUAUAUUAUCCAAGAUCCGGCACUCAUACCUGGAAGGCAGUAUGACAUCGCAGUUUUAGUGGAGAGUGGAGGUCUAACAAGUAAUGCGUACUGCAAAGGCAGAACAGCUCCUCAGGCUGUCUUGCAGCUUAGAGUUAAGCAUUCCAACGAGACUUCAUUCACGGUGACAUGGCUGACGCCUCUUGCAGAGUGGGACAAUUAUGUGGUUUCACUUGCAGACAGGGAUCUUACACUCAUCAACAAAGUUCUUGCUAGAGAAGCCAAGGAAUUCACCUUUACAGAUCUUGUACCUGGAAGGAAGUAUACCGCCAAAGUUACCAGUAUCAGUGGAGACCUCAACAACUGGGCUUCUGUUGAAGGAAGAACGGUUCCUUCCCAGGUGGUUAAUUUAAAUUUGACAAAUAUGGGGACAUCUACCAGCUUGUAUACGGAGUGGACAAGAGGUCGAGGAGAUGUGGACUCUUUUCAGGUCCUGCUGAUACAUGAAAAUAUUGUCAUAAAGAAUGAGAGUGUAUCCAGUGACACCAGCAAAUAUCAGUUCCACUCCUUGAAGCCAGGAGGUUUAUAUUCUGUGGUGGUGACAACUGUGAGUGGUGGAAUGUCAUCCAGACAAAGCCUGGCAGAGGGCAGAACAGUUCCUUCCAGUGUAAGUGGAGUUACUGUUAAUAACCUUGAUCGGACUGCCUACCUCAGCAUUUCCUGGCUCCCAGCUAUUGGCUACAUUGAUGCCUAUGUGGUAACAUUAUCUCACCAUGGUAACUUUCUUCCACCACUUACUCUCCCUAAAACUGUCACCGAGUGCUCCUUCAGCUCUCUCACUCCUGGACGCCUGUACAAUGUGACUGUGACCACACGCAGUGGAAAGUUUGAGAAUUAUUCUUUCAGUCGAGAGUGGACAGUUCCUUCUGCCGUGCAAGGACUAACAGUGAGCAAUGCGGCCAGGAGUGAUUACCUUAAAGCAUCUUGGCUGCGAGCAACUGGAGAUUUCGAUCAAUACCAAGUGACCAUUAAAAACAACAAUGGCUUUAUUAAUAUCAAAAAUGUCUCUAAAUCAGAGAGUGAAUGUGUAUUCUCCGAUCUGGUGCCGGGCCGACUCUAUAGCAUAACUGUCAGCACUAAGAGUGGAAAGUAUGAGGCCAGCGUUGUAGCAAAUGGCAGGACCUUUCCAGAAGCUGUAAAAAAACUCACCCUUGCCAGCAGAAGCAGUGAGGAGCUCUACGUGACCUGGUCAAGUGCUGAUGGAGAUGUUGAUAGCUAUGAAGUUCAGCUCCUAUACAAUGACAUGAAGGUCCUUCCAUCCAUUACACUGAGUAACACAGCUACUGAAUACCGUUUCACCUCUCUCAUUCCUGGUCGCCGUUACAAAAUCCUUGUGCUCACCUUCAGUGGUGAUACACAGAGAUCAACAUUUGUGGAGGGAUUAACAGUUCCAAGUGCUGUAAAGAGCAUUCACAUUUCACCACAUGGAACAACAAACAGUCUAAAAGUAAACUGGGCUCCUGGAGGUGGAGAUGUUGAUUCUUAUACAGUGACCAUCUUCUGCCAGAACUACCAGAUAGAGUCUCACACUAUAUCCAAGCACAUCUACGAGCACACCUUCAACAACCUGGACCCAGGGGAGCAAUACAAGAUUGCUGUACAGACAAACAGUGGAGGCUUACACAAAAACCUCACGGCAUUUGGAAGAACAAUACCAGGCACAGUUCACAGAUUGACAGUCGACAAUAUGUACAACAGUCACUUGCUGAUGGUCACUUGGCAGAGUGCACCAGGCAUUUCAGACAGAUAUGAUCUUCUUCUUCUUACCGAUAAAGGAGUAUUAGUCAAUAACAAAUCUGUACCAGCUAACACCAAAUCAUAUAAGUUUGAAGACCUUGUUCCAGGAAAAAUGUACAAGAUCCGAGUGUUCACAGUCAGCGGUGGUCUUUUCAGCACAGCAGAAGAAACAGCAGGGAGGACAGUCCCGGAUGCAGUGACCAAUCUUAAGAUCACAGGGAACAACACAGACAGUUUGUCAUUCACAUGGACAAGCUCAGAGGGAGAACUGGACUCUUAUGAUAUUUUUCUAUACAACCCAGACAAUACAUUGCAUGACAGGAAGUCUGAAAGCCAACUUCUUCAACACUGCUCAUUUCAGGGACUGCUGCCAGGUUGCCUCUACAAAUUGGUGAUAGUUACUCAUAGUGGAUCUCUGACAAAUGAGUCUUCAGUCCAUGGGAGGACAGUUCCAGCCCCUGUAACAUCUCUUCAAGCAUCAAACAGAAAUACGUCUGAUAGCCUGUGGUUUACGUGGAAUCUAGCUUUAGGAGAUGUGGAUGUGUAUGAACUGAUACUAUAUAACCCUAAUGGCACACAGAAAGAAAAGUUACAAGGCAAUGACCUUAGUGAAUAUAAUUUCCAAAAGCUGGUUCCUGGGAGAAUAUACAAAUUGGUGAUAGUGACUCACAGCGGUGAUUUGUCUAAUAAAGCUACAGCAGAUGCAAGAACAGCUCCUCAAGCACCAAAUUUGGUUUCAUUUACUGAUGUGAAGAAUACUUCUGUGUCCAUACAUUGGCAAGGGCCACCAGACUGGUCUGACUAUGAUGACUUUGAACUUCAGUGGACACCUACAGACCCAUUAGUGGUGUUUAACCCUUACAGCACUGGCAAGUCAUAUGGACGAAUUGUUACUGGCCUAAGACCUGGGCGUCUAUAUAAAUUCAGUGUGAGAAGUGUCAGUGGAAAUUUAAAGAAGACUUUUAGUCAGCCCACUGUUGGCACCGUAAGAACAAAACCUGACAAGUUACAACAUCUUCAUUGCCGGCCUCAAAAUUCCACUGCUAUUUCCUGUUCAUGGACACCCCCAGAUUCUGACUUUGAUGCAUAUAGCAUAGAGUACAAAAAGAAUGGCACUGAUGUGGUGGAAUACUCGAAAAGGAUAGAAAAACACAGGUCAACGCUCACAAUUAUGCACCUUGAACCACAUAAAAGAUAUGUAGUGUCCAUCAAAGUGCACUCGGCAGACAUGAUAAGCCAGGUGGUGGAGGACAGCACCAUAACCAUGAUUGAUCGACCUCCAGCACCACCCAACCAUAUUAGAGUGAAUAAAAUAGAUACUUUUAUUAGCAAGUCAUCAAUUCACUUCAGUUUUAAUUGCAGCUGGUUCAGUGACACCAACGGAGCUGUCAAAUACUUCACUGUGAUUGUGUCAGAAGCAGAUGACAAUGAAAAUGUGAAGCCAGAGCCAAUUCACCCCCUGCCAACAUAUACUGAUUACAAAAGGAACAGCUCCAUUAAAGUAUAUCAGACAAACUACUUUGGAAGCAAAUGUGCUGAAACUCCCGACUACAAUAUCCAACCUGUCAGAAUCAAGCUGGGUGGGGAAAUGGAAAUCCUAGGAGGAAAGUGUGAGGCCAAUCAAAUACAAUUCUGUGAUGGUCCACUGAAGCCAAGGACUUCCUACAGGAUUAGUAUCAGAGCCUUUACACAGCUCUUUUCUGAUGAUCUAAAGGAGUUCUCAGAGCCCUUGUUUACGGAUACUUUCUUCUCAUUGCCAAUCACAACAGAAGCAGAACCUCUUGUUGGAGUCAUAGAAGGUGUGAGUGCUGGUUUAUUCCUUAUCGUUGUUUCAAUCGGAGUCACAACAUUACUGAUUUGUCGUCAGAAAUGCAGACGAGUGUAAGAUCAAAUGCAUGCCCACCUGAACGUACGGAGAGAAAGAACAUCAUCUGUACAUCUAAAUGUAGGACAUAAAGGGAACAAGCGAAAUUCAAGCCCAAUCAAAACAAACCAGUUUGAAGCCCAUUUCAGCAAGCUUCAAGCAGACUCCAAUUAUUUGCUGUCCCAGGAAUAUGAGGACCUGAAAGAUGUUGGUCGAAACCAAUCUUUUGACAUAGCACUUUUACCAGAGAACAGAGGAAAAAAUCGAUACAACAAUAUACUGCCUUAUGAUUUUACAAGAGUGAAACUUUCCAAUGUUGAUGAUGACCCAUGCUCAGACUACAUUAAUGCCAGUUAUACUCCAGGUAAUAACUUUCGCAGAGAGUAUAUUGCUACGCAGGGGCCUCUUCCUGGUACCAAAGAUGAUUUCUGGAAAAUGGUUUGGGAACAAAACGUUCAUAACGUUGUGAUGGUGACCCAGUGUGUUGAAAAAGGACGGGUAAAAUGUGAUCAUUAUUGGCCUUUUGAUCAAGAUUCCUUGUAUUACGGAGACCUCAUAGUUCAAAUGCUGUCGGAGUCUGUACUACCCGAGUGGACAAUAAGAGAAUUCAAAAUCUGCAGUGAAGAUCAACUGGAUGCAGCUAGACUGGUUCGGCAUUUCCAUUACACUGUGUGGCCUGAUCAUGGAGUCCCCGAAACCACUCAGUCCUUGAUUCAGUUUGUGAGAACAGUCAGAGAUUAUAUAAAUAGAACUCCAGGAACUGGUCCUACUGUGGUACAUUGCAGUGCUGGUGUUGGCAGAACAGGGACCUUCAUUGCUUUAGACAGGAUUCUUCAGCAAGUGGAUACAAAAGAUUCAGUGGACAUUUAUGCGGCAGUGUAUGAUCUCCGGCUUCACCGCGUUCACAUGGUCCAGACUGAGUGUCAGUAUUUGUAUCUACAUCAGUGUAUGCGAGAUGUGUUGAGAGCUCGGAAGUUGCGCAAUGAACAGGACAACCCUUUAUUCCCAAUAUAUGAGAAUGUGAAUCCAGAAUAUCACAGAGAAAACGUAUAUGCCAGACAUUAAAACCCUCAACGUCACCUGCUAAAAUCGGACCCAAGCCACACUUUUUUAGAGCACUAAGUAUCGCCAGCCAUGUUGUCUGUCUUCUGUAAUUUAUUCGCUUGGCCAUUUUGUAAGGUAUAUGUAAUUUAACUGUACAUUAAUUCCUCAUAAAAUAUGUAAAUAUAUGUAUUUGUUUAUGGACAGUUUAACUAAGUACUGCUACAGAAUGUUAUUUUCCAAAAAUUGAAGUUGGGGGGUUAAAUAAUAUGACAUUGUAAUGGAUGGAGCUUUAUGUUGGGUCAAUGUGUCUAAUAUAUUUGUAUGAGUAUAUUGACAUCUCGGUAAUGCAUAUGAUUUAAUCACAUCUGAUCGAGGAUCUCUUUAUGCACUAUCAAACAGCCUUUGACUAAAAA